AUGAGUGAUAAGCCACCGCCAAAGAAGAAGCCAAGAAGAGUAAAAGGCUGCUACAACUGCUCCCAACGCCGUAUUAACUGCGACCGCGGCGAGCCUUGCCAGAAGUGCAUGAAAAAGGGCCUACAAUGCUCUGGCCUGGGGAUCCGGUACCGGUUCAACGAUGGUGUUGCGUCGAGGGGGAGAUUGGCGGGGAAGCCAGUCCCUGUGGAGGAUGCAGGACAGGAUGCAGUGGCUAGUCCAGACUCUGGCAGCUGUGGUAGCAAUAUACCAGAUCUUGGACAGCACCAACUCUACGCCCUCGACCAUGUCGACAGCCAAUCUCGCUUUCUACUCAACUACUUCUCAACUCGAGUCGCACCCGCAAUGGGCCCCUUCAACCUCAUCUUCAACGGCUAUCGCGACCUCAUCCUCCCCAUGACCGAGCAAGAUGACACUGUCCGCAACGCCAUCAUGGCCACCUCUGCCUCCCAUCUCUCCCUACACUACAAGGAAUGGUCUGCAGCAGCAUGCAAGUACCGCAUGGCCGCUAUCCACGGGCUGAACCAGCGCACAAACCCAUCCUCCGCGCACCCCAGUCUCGCCACAAUGGUCAUCCUCCUCAUUGAAGAGAUGAUCGCAGUCCGCACCGACUUCCCCAUCCUCCUCCGCAUGAUUCGCAGCUUCGUCGAAAUGCAGGGCGGACCUGAAACGCUUGAGACAGCCAAACCCACGCCCUUAAGCCGCUUUCUCAUGCAGCAGAUCCGGAAAAUCUCCCUCUAUGCAGGGCCAUUCACCACUGCCGCAAUCGACAUACCCAGGCACACAAAAGCCGAUAUAGAUUAUGAUAACAAACAUAGCAGAGCCAGCUGUAGCCCAUCCAAACCAGACCUCGGCUUCCUCCUCACCUACCUCGACAUCCACCCAGAACACUCCCCCUCAAUCCUGAAUCUCGCCUCGAUAAUCCACAACGCCGCACAGAUCUACCAGACCCGCGCCGCAAACCUGCCGCGGGAAGCAAACGCGCAACUCGUGCGGCAGUUCCUCGCAGCAACGGCGGCGUUUAAUGUGUCCUCGCCGGGGGGACAUAUCCUGACGUGGCCGUUCUUCAUUGCCGGGGCGGAGUGCGAGGAGGUUGAGGAUCGGGAGUUUGUUACGGUGCAGUUGAAGCGGUUGUGGGAGACGACGGGGUUUGGGAAUACGUUGUAUGCGAUAAGGCUGUUAGAGGUUAUUUGGGAUGGGAAGGGGAAUUGGGCGAGGGCGUUGAAGGGGUUGGCGGAGGGGUUUAUUAUGUAG